AUGGCCUCCGAUUUGAAGGCGCAGAUACAGAGUUAUCUGGUCGAAUCAGGAAACUACGAAAAAAUAUCCAAUGCAUUGAAUGACAAAUUGUUGCAAGACGGAUGGGCUGAUAAAGUGAGAGACCUCACAAUGCAAGAGAUUAGAAGCAGUAAUCAAGCGAACUACAAGGACGUUCUUGAAAAAAUCGAACCACAGGCAUUAGAAAUGGUUUCGCAAAACACAAGAGAUGAUACAUUAGCCCAAAUCAAAGCAUUUCUAGAAGACAUCGUGGAGACUGAAUAA